AUGGGGAAGAAAGUCAGAAAGAAGAGUCGAGGUUCUGCCAAGGAGAAGGUGGUUGCUACCCAUUUGCCAAAAAAGGUUAUUGAAUCAACCAACCCGACUGUCGAGUCUGUUGAUGAGGGGGAUUUGGUUGUAAAAGAGACUAGUUCUUGCCCUCAUUUUGUAAAAGGUGUUAAUUUAAACAGAUUGUCCACUAAGAUUGAAUCUUGUGGAUCCUUAAGGUGCGAGGAUUGUAGGGAAGGUGCGUCUGAUAGAAGGAGUGGUAAAGGAAAAGGUAAACAUGGGAAGAAGAAAGGUGGUGCAUCAUUAGAUUCAAAAUCCGAGUCAAAGUCUAUAUGGGUUUGUUUGGAGUGUGGUCAAUUUACCUGUGGAGGCUUAGGGCUACCAAUAAUCCCGCACUGCCAUGCGGUGGUGCAUGCGAGGAAAAAUCGGCACCCCUUGGUGGUUCAUUUUGAUAAGCCUCAACUGUGUUGGUGUUUUCCUUGCGACAUGCUUAUUCAAGUUGAUAAAAUUGAAAAAACUGAUGAAUCGAGUCAUCUUCUAUCUGAUGUUGUGAAAUUGUUGAAAGGACGAUCACAAGAAAAAUAUUCAGCGGAUAUUGAAGAUGUUUUGGCUGGGGAUAGCAGUAUUACUUCCGAAAUUAAGUCAAGAGCUCUGUUCUCAAAUGAUUCGUCUGGACAAGGUGGUUAUGUAGUUAGAGGUAUGAUUAAUCUUGGGAAUACCUGUUUCUUCAAUUCAGUCAUGCAAAAUUUGCUAGCCAUGAAUAGAUUGCGGGACAGCUUUCUAGAAUUAGAUGCUCCUGUUGGACCACUUAUUAGUUCCUUGAAGAAGCUUUUCACCGAAACAAACCCUGAAUCAGGAUUGAAAAAUGUUAUAAAUCCUAGAUCUUUUUUUGGCUGUGUCUGUUCUAAGUCUCCCCAAUUUCGAGGAUAUCAGCAGCAUGACAGUCACGAAUUGCUCCGUUGUUUACUGGAUGGGUUAAAUACUGAAGAACUAGCUGGAAGAAAGCAGAAUGGUUCUCCGAAGAGAGAUGGCACCUCUUCCAAUACUUUAGUGGAUGCUUUAUUUGGGGGUCAGAUAUCAAGUACUGUGUGUUGCAUAGAAUGUGGGCAUUUCUCAACAGUGUAUGAACCUUUUUUAGAUCUUUCACUUUCUGUCCCAACCAAGAAACCUCCACCUCGGAAGGCCCAACAAUUACCUCGAACCAAAAAAGCUAAACUUCCACCAAAAAAGGUUGGAAAAACUCGAGUCAAAGUUAACAGGGAUACUGAUCCCUUACCUGUUCAAACUCUAUCAAACCAAUUAUCCAGCCACGAAUCAUCUAGCCCUGAUCAAUCCGUCAUAUCAGCUGCUGGAGAAAUGGGGACUUGUUCUGGUGAUUCCACAUUAUUAGGUUCUGAAGAGAUAGACAGUGUGACUGAUAAAGAGGAUUUGUCUUUACCUAAUUUGGUUACUGCUCAACAUAUGGAAGUGCUUGACAAUAAAACGUCAGAUGAUUUUACAUGGUUGGAUUAUGUGGAAACUGGAACAAUGAUAGAUGAGUGUGGUUUUAUUUCCCAAAAGGAGGAUGAUCCAGAGGUACGGGAUACUCAGAUCAAAGAUGAAUAUUUAAAUGAAUUCCAUGAACAGGCUAGCUGUGAAUCCAGUGGUCCUGCUUGUUUCCCUAAGGAGGGUCAGAACCCAGGACCCAAAUUUUCGUCAGCAAAUGGGUGGGAAGAUGAGGUUCCAUUACAAGUUCAAGAUUCAGAAGUGCUAUUACUUCAAUACAAAGAAGGAAGUUCCUCAGCUGCUGAGAUCAUAGGAGGAGAUAGUGAGGCCUCCUCAUUGGUUUUGGGUGGUUAUCAAGAAUUGGAGUUUGAUGGCUUUGGUGACUUAUUCAAUGAGCCUGAAGUUGCUGGACCUGCUCCCAGACCAUCUUCAUGCAGUGAGGUCAUGGAAGCUAGUCUUGUCAUUGGAAGUAACAGUGAGUCUGAUCCAGAUGAAGUAGAUGACACAUACUCUCCUGUCUCUAUAGAGAGUUGCUUGGCACAUUUUAUAAAACCUGAGCUUCUCUCGGAUGAAAAUGCUUGGCAUUGUGAGAACUGUUCUAAAGUUCUCCACCGUCAAAAUUUGGAAGAAAAAAAGAAGGCAAGAGCUGUAUCUGGUGGAAAUGAAUCUGGAAUUCGUGAUGAACCAUGGCAUGCAGUUAAUUCUUGUUCUGUUAAUGUCAGAACCAAUGGAAAUGGGAACAUACAAAAUGACCAAAAAAUAGAAAGUUUGGUCUUACAAGAUACACAUGACACAAAGCUUGAAAAUGGUCAAAGAGAUGAGCUUAGUUUAAUCCUUAAUGAAAGGAAUAGUGGCACAUUUGAAAUGGAAGAUACUCAUAAUGAUGAGUUACAAUCUUCAAGUUUUCAUAAUGCUUACGGUGAAGAAAGCUGCAUUCAUUUAGUUGCUGAUUCUUGUAUUACAGAAAAUUUUCAAAAAAGACAUUCUCGGAUGAUAGGUAAUGAAAACAAUGACUCAGAGGAUGCCGACUGCAAAAGUGUGAAAGUGAAGAGGGAUGCCACUAAGAGGGUCCUCAUAUAUAAAGCUCCGCCUGUCUUGACCAUUCAUCUAAAGAGAUUCAGCCAAGAUGCCCGUGGUCGCUUAAGUAAAUUAAAUGGCCAUGUCAAUUUCAGAGAAACAAUGGAUAUUAGACCAUAUAUUGAUCCCAGGUGCACAAUUGACGAGAAGUAUGAAUACCACUUGGUUGGUUUAGUGGAGCAUUCGGGAACUAUGAGAGGGGGUCACUAUGUUGCCUAUGUGAGAGGGGGGCAGAGGAACAGGGGGAAGGAUGAUAAGGAAAAUGAGGGUUUCACGUGGUAUCAGGCAAGUGAUGCAUAUGUGCGUGAAGUGUCCCUUGAUGAAGUUCUUCGCUGUGAGGCAUACAUUUUAUUUUACGAAAAAGUUUGA